GUCUUGUCAACCUUGCAGUUUACGCGUGACCCAGGGAGACAGUGAUAGGGUAGUGAAGGGAGUAGGAGUAACUGGAUGUAAAGGCAAAAGGAUUGACAUUCAAAAUUGUGCAGGUCAGUGGAUUUUAAGGCAAUCCAAUUACAGUGGACGUUGAAGGAGCCGUCAAUGAUUCGGGUAUUGAACAAACCUGUUGUGAAGUUCAAUAUCCUUAUUCUAAGUAUUGGAUGAGAGCACUCAGCGCAAUUACGCACGGCAUCAAAAUGGUUUCAUUUUUGGAUAGACGUGCCCCUGCUUUGUUCCUCGUAUGGGGCUACUGCGUCCUGGCGGACACAGUCUUUUCUAACUUUACCCUGGACAACGAGGUCCACUCGAGUUUCAUCCACAGGCGGCUGAAGAGCCAGGAGCGCAGGGAGAUGCAGCGGGAAAUCCUCUCCAUACUCGGGCUACCGCACCGGCCGCGGCCGCAUCUCCACGGGAAGCACAACGCAGCCCCGAUGUUCAUGCUGGACCUGUACAAUGCCAUGUCCACGGAGGGGGAAGAGGACGGGUACUCCUAUCCAUACAAACCUGUCUUCACCACCCAGGGGCCGCCGAUAGCCACUCUUCAGGACAACAACUUCUUAAACGACGCAGACAUGGUUAUGAGCUUUGUCAAUUUAGUGGAGCACGAUAAGGAGUUCCUCCCGGUCCGGCGGCACCACAGAGAGUUUCGUUUCGACCUAUCACGUAUCCCCGAUGGGGAAGCGGUCACUGCUGCAGAGUUUCGCAUCUAUAAGGACUUCAUCCACGAGCGCUUUGACAAUGAGACCUUCCGCAUCAGUGUCUACCAGGUGCUGGAGGAACACAACGACAGGGAGUCAGACCUGUUUCUGUUGGACUCGCGGGUCAUCUGGGCAGCUGAGGAGGGCUGGCUGGUGAUUGAUGUGACAUUGACCAGUAACCACUGGGUUCUGAAUCCUGGACGCAACCUGGGCCUGCAGCUGGCUCUGGAGAGCACCGCCGGUGAGAGUGUGAACCCGCGGAUGGCAGGGCUGAUCGGCCGCAGUGGUCCUCAGAAUAAACAGCCCUUCAUGGUGGCUUUCUUCAAAGCUACUGAGGUGCACCUGCGCAGCAUCCGCUCAGCACCAGGGGGCACCAAACAACGCAACCCCAAUCGCUCCAAAGGGGCCAACAAGGGCCAGGAGGCACUCCGAGUGACCAACAUCGCAGAGAACAGCAGUGCUGAUCAGAAGCAGGCGUGCAAGAAACACGAGCUCUAUGUCAGCUUCAGAGACCUGGGGUGGCAGGACUGGAUCAUAGCUCCAGAGGGCUAUGCAGCUUACUACUGUGAAGGAGAGUGUGCCUUCCCUCUCAACUCCUACAUGAACGCCACUAACCACGCCAUCGUGCAGACACUAGUCCACCUGAUAAACCCAGACACUAUUCCUAAGCCCUGCUGUGCCCCCACCCAGCUCCAUGCCAUCUCAGUGCUCUACUUUGACGACAGCUCCAAUGUUAUCCUCAAGAAGUACCGCAACAUGGUGGUCAGAGCCUGUGGCUGCCAUUAGACUACAGCCAACCUCUCAACCCUCACAACACACACACAUUCCUGCAUCUAAAUAUCCCUCAACGCACGUCAUUUUCAUCUAGAGACUUUCUUCCCCAGAUUCACUUGAAUGGACACAUGAAUGGACUACACGUCCCAGAGUGCCUUGCUGUGCUGCUGGAUGGGAGCUACAUGAGGACUGGCAGACAAUCAUGAUUAUUCAGUCCAACCUGGAACACACACACACACACGGUCAAAUACACACACACACACACACACUUUCUGUGCUUUCUACUGUGUAUGAGACAUUUUUAAGCAGUGAUUGUAUAGUAAUACACAGUCAACAAUCUUUUGUUCAUGUCAAUGUGUUUUCUGUGUAGUUCAAGGUGUUUUUUUUAGAUCUAUUAUGUUUUUGUAUGCUUUUUAUGACUGAAAGACAAGGCUAUAGGAAGUGUGGAUGCUCUAUGGACUCUUCAUGUACAAUAAUGUGUAAAUAGUUUUUCAAACAAAGAGAAGUGUAUUUAUUUCCUAUUGUUGGGAAUGUUAAGGGUAGGUUCAAUGUUUCUUCUGUGUACUCCAGUGUCUACAUGUACUGUAUGUUAUGCAACUCUUUACAUUGUGUCCCACUCAUCAUACAGUAUAGCACAAACACACCUCUCUCGCUCGCUCGCUCUCUCUCUCCCGAUCUUCCGCUCUCCCUCUCUCUCUCUCUCUCUCUCUCUCUCUC